AUGAGAGCAAACAACGUCUAUCGUCAUCAGCACUCUCUCUCAAGCUCCAUCCCUGCUAGCGAUCAUUUUGGCUCGUUCUUCAACGACUAUGGUUGCGUACGAAGCGCCGGUGGUCCCAGGAAGAGCUUAGAUGUCACCAGAAGUCUACCCGUCAAUGGCCUAAUCAGCCCUCGCCCCCCUGGCUUGACGCAACUCAGGCCCAACAGUGAAAUCUUAUCCGCCAAUGGCAGUCACUGUGGUGCUUCGGGUAGUACCAAUGUUCAACCAAACCAGGGCGAUUCAAGUGAGGUCAAAGCUAUUGACAAGUGGUUUGAGAAUUUACAAAGCUAUGAAGCCACCUUACAAGAAAUGGCUGCGGCCAGUUUGGAUGUCAAUUUUAAAGAAGAAUUGGACGCCAUUGAGCAAUGGUUCAGAGUUCUUAGUGAAGCUGAGAGGGCUGCAGCAUUGUAUUCCUUGAUGCAGUCUUCUACUCAAGUCCAAAUACAAUUUUUCAUUACUGUAUUGCAGCAAAUGGCUUGCAGUGAUCCCACAAUCUCAAUGCCAAGUCCCAUGGUGAACCCCGCAACACCUUCUAUGGAACAACAGAUGGAAGCCAAACUUUCCCAACUUGACAAGAAAUCUCCUGCAUCACCAAUGGUUUGGCAGUUUCUCACUCCUUGUGUUAAUCUCACGUCAAGUCAACAAUUCCUCAGUCCUAACUCCGCUUUAUUCAAUGAGUCCAAUAAUUCAGGCAAUCCUCCAAUUGCACUUUCUGAUCAAUCUGCCAGGCUAAACACAAAAUCUGAAAAUCAAAUUUCUGCCCCUGGUCAAUUAUUAAGUGCCAGUAACAGUCUCAAAAGCUCAAAUUGUGUUUUCCCAGGCCCCCUCAAAGAGGGAUCACAUAGUUGUGCAUCUAGCCCUAGACCCAAAUCCAAUGGCACCUUGUUUGGCAACAACUCUCAAAGCACACUUCAGCCUGGAUUCACCCAUCCAAUCAACUCCUCUACAUUUGGAAUUGACAGUCAACUCAGUCCGUUCAUAGGUGGUAGCUGGGCUAGUCAGGUGAACACACCUCUGGUCCCCAUGUUUGGUAACAAAGAUAAGGCAAACAGUCCAAAUCAUGAUGACACAGCACCAAACAUCAGCAAAACCAGUAAUCAGCUUGCACCCUGGGAUUCUGCCUCCCAAGAAGGUUCCAACGAAUCUGCUCAAUUGGCUUUGCCCAACAUUUCCCUGCCACAAUCUUCUUUACGGAAUGGUUUCCCAUUAGAUGAUGCGCGCAAGUUCCGGAGACAGAGCAAGAGUGCUGCUGCUGAUGGCUCUGAAUCUGAUGUUUUCUUGGGGGUCCUUUCUGGCACAAACAAGAACAGCAACAGCGUUGGCUCACCUCAGCCAGACAGACUAUUCCGCAACAGCACCGGUCAAUCUGCUGCAAAAAACGGCAACAAAAAUCCCACCAACACAAACCUCUCAGCUAUGAGGAAUGGAAAAACUCUGUAUAGCCCAAUGAAUCCACAAUACAUGCUUGGAGCCCAAAAGGGUGCUGUGGCAACUCAAAAUAACUGGCACCAAGGUUUGAAAAGUGCAUCAAUGGCAUCAAUGAACCAGCAUGAUCCAAAUAUGCUGAAUGAACUUGUCAUGUUAAAUACUCUCACUGCUGGAAUAAAUGGUGAAACAAAUGGAGUGAACCUGAAUGGUAUGGCAAACCUGGCGGCAAUGUCAAAUAUCACCAACCCUGCUGGUUUUCAAAAUAUGGCCAACAUACUCAACAUGCAUCAGCAAAUGAAACAAGUAAAAAACCUCCAGUCACUUCAACAGAAACUUCAGAAGAACGGGAUGAUGACCGGUGGUGUAAUGGCUUCUCCUGGCUCGGCUCAAUUGGGGAUGAAUUCGGGAUUCCCCAUGAUAUCAAGAAGUCCGGGCAACAACAAGCGCAGUCCAACUGGGAGAGGCUCGGGAAAACCAACACACAUGCCAGGCUCAGGCUCAAAUCCGGAUGAGAACUUGGACAUGAAACUCUUGAACGACGUUCCAGCUUGGCUCCGAAGCUUGCGCUUACACAAAUACACGCCUAACUUUUCAGGAUGCACGUGGCAAGAGAUGGUCUUGAUGAGCAACGCAACCCUCGAGGCCCGUGGGGUGGCCGCUGUUGGUGCGCGAAGAAAGAUGCUGAGAACCUUUGAGACGGUCAGGAUCAUCAAGGGAAUGGCCUUGCCCGGUGAUGGAAACAACAAGCCAACCACUCCAACAAAUGACACUGAUGUCACCGCAGUUCAUCAAAACUCCAAGCAAACCAACACUGCCCCUGAACCCGAAAGUGACAAGGAUUGA